CCGAAGCGGGAGGGGGCGAAGGGCGACGGACACCUGGUUCCUCGGACAGAGCUUUUCCAUGUGGAGGUUCCCUCAAUGGACGUGUCUCCGAGUGCUUCUUAGACGGACUGCUGUCUCCUAAAGGUCGACCAUGGUGGCCGGGACCCGCUGUCUUCUAGCGUUGCUGCUUCCCCAGGUCCUCCUGGGCGGCGCGGCCGGCCUCAUCCCGGAGCUGGGCCGCAAGAAGUUCGCGGUGUCGUCGGGCCGCCCCUCGUCGCGGCCCUCGGACGACGUCCUGAGCGAGUUCGAGUUGCGGCUGCUCAGCAUGUUCGGCCUGAAGCAGAGACCCACCCCCAGCCGGGACGCCGUGGUGCCCCCCUACAUGCUGGACCUGUACCGCCGGCACUCCGGCCAGCCGGGUGCGCCCGCUCCGGACCACCGGCUGGAGAGGGCGGCUAGCCGCGCCAACACGGUGCGCAGCUUCCACCACGAAGAAUCUUUAGAAGAACUACCAGAAGUUAAUGGAAGGUCCACGUGCCGGUUCUUCUUUAAUUUGACUUCUAUCCCUAGUGAGGAGUUCAUCACAUCUGCAGAACUUCAGGUUUUCCGGGAGCAGAUACAGGAAACUUUGGGAAACAAUAGUGGUUUCCAUCACCGAAUUAAUAUUUAUGAAAUUAUAAAACCGGAAGCUGCCAGCUCAACGUUCCCUGUGACCAGACUAUUGGACACCAGGUUAGUGAAUCAGAACACCAGCCGAUGGGAGAGCUUUGAUGUCACCCCAGCUGUGAUGCGAUGGACUGCAAAAGGGCAUACUAACCAUGGGUUUGUGGUGGAAGUGAUCCAUUUACAGGAGAAGCCAGGUGUCUCCAAGAGACAUGUGAGGAUUAGCAGGUCUUUGCACCAAGAUGAACACAGCUGGUCACAGAUAAGGCCAUUACUAGUAACUUUUGGCCACGAUGGAAAAGGACAUCCACUACACAAAAGAGAAAAGCGUCAAGCCAAACACAAACAGCGGAAGCGCCUCAAAUCCAGCUGCAAAAGACAUCCAUUGUAUGUGGACUUCAGUGAUGUGGGGUGGAAUGACUGGAUUGUGGCCCCUCCAGGGUAUCAUGCCUUUUACUGCCAUGGGGAAUGCCCCUUCCCCCUGGCUGAUCACCUGAACUCCACUAACCAUGCCAUUGUGCAGACACUGGUCAACUCGGUGAACUCCAAGAUCCCUAAGGCGUGCUGUGUCCCAACAGAACUCAGUGCUAUCUCCAUGCUAUACCUUGAUGAGAAUGAAAAGGUUGUAUUAAAGAACUAUCAGGACAUGGUUGUGGAGGGUUGUGGGUGUCGUUAGCACAGCGAAAUAAAAUAAGAUAAAUAAAUAAAAUAUAUAUAUUUUAGAAAAAAGAAAAAAAUACACCCCACAAAAAAACAACAGUUGACACUUUAAUAUUUCCCAAUGAAGACUUUAUUUAUGGAAUGGAAUGGAAAAAAACAGCUAUUUUGAAAAUAUAUUUAUAUCUACAAAAGAAGUUGGGAAACCAAAUAUUUUAAUCAGAGAAUUAUUCCUUAAAGAUUUAAAAUGUAUUUAGUUGUACAUUUUAUAUGGGUUCAACUCCAGCACAUGAAGUAUAAUGGUCAGAUUUAUUUUGUAUUUAUUUACUAUUAUAACCACUUUUUAGAAGAAAUAGCUAAUUUGUAUUUAUAUGUAAUCAAAAGAAAUAUCGGGUUUGUACAUAAUUUUCCAAAAGUUGUAGUUGUUUUCAGUUAUGUGUAUUUAAGAUGAGAAGUCUACAUGGAAGGUUAC